GGAGCUUCUUUGGAAACCACUGUGAAGUGUAAGAAGUUACAAUGGAAGACGAGGCCAUGGCCAGAGUUUAGGGCUUUAGUUUUUGUGAUGUUGCAAGGCUUGUCGCCGUGUUUCACCGUGUUGGUUAAUGCAAGCACCAAGGAUCCCAGCGAAGACGAUGAAGUUACGAAUAAGCUCGCGAGCACCAAGAACUUGGAUGAUCUUACAGUCGUGUCAUUCUAUAAGUUUGCUGAUAUUCCCGACUAUACAACGAAGAGACAAUCUCUAGUGGAUGUUUGCGGCAGACUGCAUGUUUCAGGGGGUAUCAUUCUCGCUGCCGAGGGCAUCAAUGGCAGUAUCUCUGGCACGAAAAAAGCCGUGGCGGAGGUCUUGGAGAGCAUCCAGGCAGACGCUCGCCUCGCAAAUCUGAGGAUAACUCGAGCACCAGCGUCUUACGAUGAAGUUGGCAGUGAUGGUGCGUUUCGAUGGAACCACGUUCGAGUGAGGCUAAAGAAAGAGGUGGUUCCUCUCGGAGUUCCAGGCCUUGAUCCUGCAAACAAAGCUGGACAAUACGUGAAGCCGUCGGACUGGAACGAACUUAUCAGUGAUCCCGAAACGGUGGUGAUCGACGUGAGAAACUCGUACGAAACUCGCAUUGGUAGCUUCAAAGGAGCGCUGGAUCCUAAAACAGCCUCUUUUCGAGAGUUCCCCGACUGGGUGGACAAAAACCUCAGCCUCAAGGGCGAUCGCCCUCGCCGAAUCGCUACGUUUUGCACUGGAGGAAUCAGAUGCGAGAAAGCAACCGCAUUUUUACUCGACCGAGGAUUCGACGAGGUUUAUCAUCUUGAGGGAGGCAUUCUCAGAUACUUGGAAGAGACACAACCGGCAGAGAGCUUGUGGCACGGCGAGUGCUUCGUGUUUGAUCGUAGAGUUUCGGUGGAGCAUAGCUUGGUGCCUGGAACGUAUGAUCUCUGCUAUGCUUGUAAGAAGCCAGUGAACAAGCAAGACAUGGCGUCUCCGGAAUGGGAGGCUGGGGUGUCAUGUCCACACUGCUUCCACCACAAGAGCCAGCGAGAAAAAGAUAGAGCUCGAGCACGGCAAAGGCAGUUUGACAUUCUUAGCUAUUAGAAUUUAAUCAUGACUUAACUCACAGAUUCCUAAGGAAUAUUGUUUAUUUUGGUUUAUAAUUUUUUUUUUCUGCAUAUUAUUGAUCUUUGUGUAAUA